UCGCCGAAUAAGGCGAAUAAGACCCGCCUGAAGGAAGGAAGCAGCCGUAGUUAUCAGCGACGGCGCUUCUUUAAAAUCAGUCGCUCACGAGCUGUAAUCGAGUAGAGUCGUUCUAAUCUAACCAGCUAAGCACCAUGUCUGAGAAGGAGAAGAAGGUCAAGAAGAAGAAGGCGUCGUCCAAGGAUGACACCCCAGCAGAUACCCCUGGAGCAGACACCCCGGCGGCACCGACCCCCUCGGACUCUGCGGCCGGCUCGCAGCGCGGCUCGACCCGCGGCUCGUCGUCCCGCAAGGCAAAGAAGGCCCCAUCCUCGGUCUUCGUUCUCUUCUCCCAGAAGCAGAUCGCCGAAUUCAAAGAGGCUUUCGCGCUAAUGGACAACGACAAGGAUGGUGUCAUUGGCAAGAACGAUCUCCGCUCCACCUUCGACGCCCUCGGCAAGCUGGUGUCGGACAAGGAGCUGGACGAGAUGCUCGGUGAGGCUACGGGACCGCUCAACUUCACCCAGCUGCUGACGCUGUUCGCCAACCGCAUGUCGGGUGGUGGCCAGGAUGACGACGAUGUCGUCAUCAACGCGUUCAAGGCCUUCGACACCAACGGCAAGAUCGAUGGCGAGAAGUUCCGCUUCGCCCUGACCCACUGGGGCCAGGACAAGUUCACCGAGGACGAGGUUGACGAUGCAUUCGAUCAGAUGGUCAUUGACGAUAAGGGCUACAUCGACACUGCUGCUCUGAUCGGCAUGCUCACCGGAUCCGAGGAGGGAGAGGAAGAAUAAAUUUUAUAAUUAAAAGCCAAAAACAAAACCAAAAAACUAACCUAAAAAAAAUCUAAACAAUGAAUUCUGUUUAUUUUGUAUAA